GGCGGUGGCGUUUACCUGUAUAAACGGGACGGUCAAAAGAAGUCUCCCCAACUGAUGGGGGAGGGAUCUCUGUGGAAAGAUGCUAUAAUACACAAAAAAAGCCAUAUUUAUUAUUGUUGAAAUUGGAGUAAUGCCAGCUGCUGUGCGCAAGUUCCGCCGCGAGACCAGCGAAAUCAGCUGCUGCCUAAAGUACCUUCUCUUCGCCAGCAAUGUGGUUCUGUGGCUUUCGGCUUUGCUGGUACUGUCGGUUGGCAUCUGGGCUUGGAGUGAGAAGGACAUGUUCCGCAACAUCACUCGGCUGCAUUACAUCGCCCUAGACCCCGCUUUUGUCCUGAUCAUCCUGGGCGGCGUAACCUUUCUGCUGGGCUUUAUGGGCAGCGUUGGGGCCUUGCGCGAGAACACUUGUCUCCUUGCGGCGUACGCUGUCUUCCUCAGUGUCCUGCUCAUCGCCGAGAUCGGUUUCUUUGCCGUGGCCUUCGUGCUUAAGGACAAGGGAUGGAUAAAGAACCAGGCCACCGAGGGCCUGAAGGCCUUCAUCCGUCACUAUCGAGAGGACGCUGACCAACAGAAUCUUAUUGACUGGAUCCAGGAAGACUGGUUACAGUGUUGCGGCAUUGAUGGGCCGAAGGACUGGGACAGCAACAACUACUUUAACUGCUCGUCUAUUGCCAUUGGCAGUAGGGAGGCGUGCGGGGUGCCCUUCUCAUGCUGUCGUAGGCGUCCCCACGAGCAGAUCAAGAACAAACAAUGCGGCUACGAUGUGCGCAAGGAUGGAUAUCCUGUGGAUAGGAACAUUCAUGAACGCGGGUGUUUGCGCGCUGGCGAGGAUUGGCUGGAAGCACAUCUUUUUUGUGUAGCGAUUUGGUGUGUCGCCCUGCUAGUCCUGCAGGGCAUGGAGCUGUCAAAAAUAAUAUAUGAAAAGGGCUGUGUUCAAGCUGGCGAAGAAUGGAUGGAACACAAUUUAAUUAUUAUUUUCACUACUGUUAUUGCUGUGAUGUUUUUCCAGAUCCUAGGAAUAUGCUUUGCUCAGAACUUACGCGCCGAUGUAUAUAAUCAAAAGUCAAAGUGGCACUAACAAAUGGCUCUUGCUGCCCCAACAGCUAUUUAGGAAGGCAGCCAACACGGCGAAGGAUUGUGGGAACUUCAAGGAUCACCUUUAUUUUACCAGGAUCUGCAACUAUUCAUAUAUCUUCCGGCUAGUUUAGCAUACUAUACUUUAUGUAUGUGUCUAACUGAGGAAAACUAAUUCCGUCUUAAUGAACAUUGAGUAAUAUUAACUAGGUUGCCUAGUUUGUUGCUGUUUUUAUGUCGGCUUUUCUAUGCCCGAUUACAAAUAAGAAGACAAGAGAAAAACAAUUUAAAGAGAUUUACUAAACCUUUUACAAAAACGAAAAAUGUAUCUUAAAAUGCAGCUGUGAUAUAUUUUAAGAAAUGUAUAAAAACCCCAAAAUUGUAAGCAAAAUUAAUAUGUUAGUACAUACUUAUUUUUAUUAGCGAAAAACAAUAUCCUUUUGUAUGGAAAUAUUAUCAUCGUAAAACGAAAGGUGAGAUAAGUAACAAUAUAAUUUGGUUAUAAAAUUAA